CUGUAUCUUACUUUGUUGGUUAGCAGAAAUCUGAGUGAGUUUCUGACUGACAAUGUAAGAUAACAUUCCAAAGUAAGUUACUUGAGAAAGUUUACAGAUGUAGGGAUUUGCUUACUUUACUUUUAUAUUGCCACGAGCUGGAUUUACUUCUCUUUCUUCUGGUUCUGUAGUUUUGGUUCUUCUUAGUUCUGUACACUUUAAUGCUUGUAUGGCUUUACAUCACCAUCAUAUCACUUAGACACAACCAUAAUCAGGCUGCACAACAACAGCUAUAAAUAUUAAUGGAGAAACUAUGUCCCAGUUAUUUAAAUAGAGUGCCUUGCUUCUGGUCACUAUUAAUACAUACCUUAUACUUAUUUCUGUAGACCGCAUGUCAAGGUUAGGAUGUUAUGGUUUAUAAUUAUCCUUGUACCAUUGGGAAUGGAGUCAACACAAGCAAAUUUUAACUUGAUUUCUUUAUUUAAUAACAUGAACAAAUUGACAGUUGCUUAGUGUGUAAUUUGUUGAUAAAUCUUUCUACAGAUGAAUCUGCUCCUCAGUCAUCCCCAGUUGGUCGCUGGCGGUUUUGUAUCAACCAAACAAUAAAAAAUCGUGAGGCGCAGUCUCCUCCUUCCCUUCAGCCUUCCGUGGCUAUGGUGCCUGGGUUACAUCCAUUUCCUAAUAACACAAGUAAUCAAGAAAUAUCACAGGACACACUGUUCACUGUAGAGAAUAAUCCAGGGCAUCAUGUAGCUUUCACCUCCAAGUUAGAACACAAGCAUGUGGUUGAUGGUAAGAUUGGUGAACGUGCUAGUGUAGAAACGGAGCAGACGAGUAUUCCCUAUCAAGCAGAAGAUGACAAACUAAAGGCACCAGCUACUGAUACUUCCAAUUAUUCUGCUACUUUGGUGUAUCCAGAUCCAGCUGGAUGUGAGGCACUCACCAGCCAAGCAGGCAUGUUCAUACCUACAUAUCCAUGUCAGCAAGCUGCUGUUCCGGCUGAUGUGCUUAUGUCCCAUCCUGCUGAAUCAGUUCAGAUUGGCAGUAAUGCUGUUGUAACGUCAGUACUUGUAUCUUCUGAUCAAAAGCCUCAAUCCUUAUCAGUACAGCAGCCAACUAUAGAUGCAGAGUUUAUUUCACAAGAAGGAGAAACCACAGUAAACACUGAAACGAGUUCUCCUAAGGCUGUCGGUGCCACUCAGACUCCUGUCUUUGAACCAACUGUGCUUCUACCUGCGACUAUCCUGGAAUCAGAUGGGGAACGACCUCCAAAAAUGGAGUUUACAGACAAUCGAAUUAAAACACUGGAUGAAAAAUUAAGAAACCUGCUCUAUCAAGAGCACAGCAUUUCUACCAUCUGUCCUGAGAGUCAGAAGGAUACUCAAAGCAUAGACUCUCCGUUUUCUUCCUCUGCUGAAGAUAUACUAUCCUCCCCAAUGCCAGAAGUCAUAGCCAUCAGUCACUGUGGGAUUCAAGAUAGCCAAGCACAAUCCCCGAAUUUCCAACCAACAGGCUCUAAGAUUCUAUCGAAUGCGGCUGCAAGUCAGCCUGCUCAUAUACCAGUGCUCAAAAGAGACCUGAAUGUGAUAACUUCUGUACCCAGCGAGCUAUGUUUACACGAGAUGUCCCCAGAUGCUUCACUUCCAGGGGAUCCAGAGGCCUAUCCUGCUGCUGUGUCAAGCGAUGGAACCAUUCAUCUGCAGACAGGAGGUGGAUAUUUUGGCCUAAGCUUUACUUGUCCUAGUCUCAAAAAUCCUAUUAGCAGGAAAUCCUGGACUCGAAAAUUAAAAAGCUGGGCAUACAGGCUACGGCAGUCAACCAGCUUUUUCAAGAGAUCAAAAGUUCGUCAAGUGGAAACAGAAGAUAAAAGAUCAGCAAUUGCUUCUGAUCCCAUUCCGCUGACACGGGAGUUCUCAGCUGAUACUAGGGCUUUGAGUAGAUGUAAAGCGAUGAGUGGAUCAUUUCAGCGGGGUCGGUUCCAGGUGAUUACAGUUCCUCAGCAGCAGCCAGAAAAAAUGAUGUCUUUUGAAGAACAGACCGCCAUCAAGAAAACGACAGCCCAGUUUAACGAGCAAGCACUAACCUUUACUGAAGCUGCAGUGACACAGUUGAUCGAAGUGGAACCUGCCAUACCCACUCAUAAAGCUUCAGUUUCUUCACAAAAGCUACGAACUCUCUAUGAAACCUUUAAAGAAGAUAAAGGAGACCCUGAACAAGGUGACAUCUUAUCUUUGAGCACAGCUCGUGAGACCAGUGUGUCUUCAGUGAUGACAGAAAAGAAUGUGGAAGAAACUUCUACUACAGGAAUUAGUGUGCAGUCUGGGUCUGAAACGUUAGAUAAAGAAAAAGAUGAAUCAACUCCUGGGAAACAGACAUGUACUAAUGAAUGUUCAGCCACUCUUGCUGGCAGUGGAAAGUCAGUGGCAAAAGCUGGUCCAAAGAGUGGUCAGCAUUUACCAGCCCGUGCUCAAACACAGAGUUCACUCUUCUAUUCUCCAUCUUCUCCAAUGAGCAGUGACAAUGAAUCAGAAAUCGAGGAUGAGGACUUGAAAGCGGAGCUUCAAAGAUUACGGGAAAAACACAUUCAAGAGGUGGUCAGUCUUCAAACACAGCAGAAUAAAGAGCUCCAGGAGCUCUAUGAACGCCUUCGAGCAACUAAAGACAGCAAAGCACAAUCUUCAGAAGUUCCCGUGCCACCUGCAUCACCACGCAGGCCAAGAUCCUUCAAAAGCAAACUUCGAAGCCGCCCCCAGUCCUUGACACAUUCGGACAAUCUCGUUGUGGUAAAAGAUGUGCAGCGUGCGGAGAGUAAUACUGCGUCACGCCAGCAAUCGCCAGCCAGUAAGAAGGGGAUGUUCACAGAUGAUUUACACAAGCUGGUGGAUGACUGGACAAGAGAAACAGUAGGAAAUUUUCCUAGCAAGCCAAGUUUAAACCAACUCAAACAGAGCCAACAAAAAUCAGAGGCAGAAAACUGGAACAAGUUGUGAAAGCACUCCAUCUACUGUGGGAUACACAUCAACCUGGAUUUCUUCUCUCUCCCAAAUUCGCGGAGCUGUCCCGUCUUCCUUGCCACACGGACUCCCACUCCC